AAAGCUUAAACAUGAAGUGCAUUGUAUUAUUGGCAGCUUGUGUUGGCAUCUUAGCAAUUUCCACAAUAACCGAUGCUCAACCACAACGAGUUCGUGUACAAAAAUUGCCAUACUAUCCACCACCUACCCAGGCGCCAAGGACCAUGAGAGCUCGUCGUUCUCCCGAUUGUCACUCAAGAAGCAACGGUAUUUCAGUUAAGACCAACUCGGCAAGUGGCACCCUCUUGAAUGGAGCUUCCAAUAGAAUAGGUGGUACAGUGACUCAAAGCAAAACCUAUUUUCCAAAUGGACAAUUUUCAGAAUCCUCAUCGGGUUCCAUAGAUUGGAAGAACUCUAUGGGCGUUGGUGGCUCGCUAAGUCGUGACAUUAACAAGGGUCACAGUGAUACUUUUACCAAAUCGUUGGGUGUCAACAUCUUCAACAAUGAUCGGAACAGUGUCGAUGCCGCCUAUUCACAGUCGAGGACAAAUUUGAAUAACGGGUUUGGUUUUAACAAAGAAAGUGGUUCUGUGAACUGGUCCAAUACCGGAGGUCAUGGUGCGACCGUUGCUGUCAAUCGUUUUGAAGGAUUUGGCAAACAGGCCUCUGUUGGUGGCCAUACAAAUUUGUUUACUUCCAGUGAUGGCAAUACUCGUAUCGAUGCCUUUGGUUCCGGUUCGAAGUGGUUAAGCGGCCCAAUGCAAGGUGAUAAAGAAAUGAAUGUUGGCAUUGGUGGAAGUCAUUCGUUUAAGGGUUAAGAAGUGUCAAUUUGAGAAAAAUCAA